CAGGGGAGACAACUUUAAAAGAUCGAGAGGGUCUGUCCACAACAAGAAGCUUCCACGGAUACAGUUAAUACUUGGAUCAGUUUAUCGAAAAGGGAUGGUGUAAAGUCAGUGCAAUUAACUAUCUGUUCAUGACAGCAACAUCAACAAUGCCAAAGCGAAGUGUGUUCGGGUCGUCUGGUGUGAAAUACCAUCGGUUAGAAAGGGUUGGCAGUGAUGGCUUUGUGGACCUGCAAUUUGAGAAGCCCCCACCUAAGAUACCGUACAAAGCUAUCAUUCUCGCCACAGUGCUUUUCCUGGGAGGAACCAUUCUUAUUGUGGUCGGAGCACUUCUCCUAUCGGGCUACAUCCGGCUCAGUUAUAAACAUGGAAUCCCCAAUACCUGUUUCCUUUACAAGUACACUUAUUCGGACAGAACCUGGCCCCUGCUGAUACUGGGGUCUAUCAUGUUUAUUCCUGGGGCCUACCAUGUCAGACUUGCCUGUUACGCUUAUAAGGGCUACACUGGAUAUUCAUAUGAAGACAUUCCAGAGUUUGAUUGAACUCACCAUGCCAAUUCUGCAAAUGCAUCUUAAAUUAUUUUGACAAACUGAUAUAUAUGGUCUAAAUAUUUUUUGGGUAGUUGUAAAGUUGACUGUGCUGACCAGUUUUGUCAGGUGUUUGCUAGAAGCUAAAUCUUCAGUGAAAUAACAUCACAUCUUACAUGUUGAUACAGCACUGGCAACUUUGCAGCUCACUUUGUUUUUUUUUCCUUAAAGAUCUGUAAAAUGUUGAUGUAAGUUAUUAUGUAGUAUGUCUUUACCAAUUAGCUAUGGAGUUUUAU